AUGGACUGCUCCAGUCGAGCCUUUAUAUAUGAGUCGAACCGUGCCUGGAGCACGAUUUGGGAGGAGGAGUCGGACGUUUUUGCUUCAGGCAAGCGUGCUCAAGACGCGCUUGCCAGAGGCGACCGCGCGCCGACACAGCGGCUAGGCACACUGACCCAACGGCGGGGUCGAAUGCUUCGAUGGUUAUGGAGCGCGCAAGACGGUGUGCAUGGCGCGUCGACGAGAGAGUGUGCUACCCAGGGAGAGUCCAAACACGCAGACUAUAUGGUCCUAGGGCCGGGCGUACCUCCACAUGACCAUUCUCUUGACAUAUCCUCUGCUAGGCCAGAAGGCGUCGGACUAUUCCAUUCAACUGAAGCUAACGACGUCAACGGACCUUUGUUAUGUCCGUGGAUACAAUUUGAAAUGCGGAAUGACUUCCAUGAAGAACACUCAAAGAAGCAAACCUCAAAAUGUUUAAAAUUCGAUCGAAAGACUGGAAAAAUGAGUAGCGGAUUCAAAAAGACAAAAAAUCUUAAUAAGUACUGCCGCCGAGCUUCUAUUGAUCAAAAACUUUUCCUUUUGAAAAUUCUUUCGAAGUUUCUGUUUUUCAUUAGCCCAUCAAACAUUCGAAAAUGAUCAGGAUUUUUUUUCAUCCAAAGUAUAAUAUUUUUUUAAAGAAAAGCUGAGUUAUGGGUAAAAAGAUGAAAAAAGUUUUUAUUGCGAUCUCGAAACAGUCAUAAACGCUCACGAAGCAUUAAUUCGGAUUCCGAUGCAGCUCUCAAGAAGGAUUCUAAACCCAAGGCGAAAUUUCUGUCACAGAUAAAAUUCCGAUCUGCUUUUGUUGAACUACCAAUCUUCACUGCCAAAUCUAGACGUUUUACCAUGCCUCGAUUUGAAUCAACAAAAUAGGGAAAGAGGACUUCAUCUUGUUUUUUUCAAAUUUGAGAAAAACUUAUUCAAAAAAACUAUCUAAUCUUUUUCUAACAUAAUUGUAAAUAACUUGAUAUUUAUGUUUUUCAUAUUCUCUCAAAAACUCUGAAAAGGGAAAGAGCCCUAUUCGGAUAAUGCCUGAAUGAACUGUAUUAAAAUUAUGAAAUCUCAAAAAACCCGUUAUUUUUUUCACUUGCGCUUCGAAAUCUCGGAAGAUAUCAUUUUGUGUAACUACACGCUAUCUCUAUAAACUCUCUAGUAAUAGUCGGAAGGAUAGAAAUUUCCUCGUUUUUGUCUUUCAAAUUUAAAGCGACUUUUGGCAAACAUACGCCAAUUUUCGAAUUUGGCGCCAAAAAAGAUCGGCCCGCGAAGGCGAAGGAUUCAAAUUUCUCGUCGGCGCUCAAACAAGUUCGUCGGGUUUUCUCAAUUCUUUUUAGCGGGACAGAAGCUCUUACUUCCAUAAAAAUAGUCAAUAUGUUGGUUUUCGUCGGUUUUGAAAGCCUGAUAUCAUUAUGGCGAGUUCAAAGUGAAAGUGUUUUCGCAAAUAUAAAAAUAGCCGUCAAAGAAGGGAAAAGAUAACUAAAUCUUGAAGAAAGAGAGUUCAUUUCGAAUUUCGCAGAAAUCUUUGAACACGAAAUUACAGUGAGACUAAAAAUAUUCAUAACUUUUUCGCAACAAUGAUUGUAAUUGACUUUAAAACUUUUCUUGGCCAUACGUAAUAUAAAUCUUAAAAAGAUAGAGCUCUUCCUUGCCAUCCCACAAAACCAAAGAAAAAAAUUUUCUUCAGGUGCUGUGCAAAAAAGUUUGGCCGUUUCGGAGUCAAAAGAGCACCUGCGCCCUACCGUAACCUUUUAGAAAAGACGAAAAAGCGGCCAAGUCAAAGGCCUUUGUGCCACUUUUGGCUCUGGUUUACACAAAGGAAGAUUUCAAACGUGUUACAGCUUAUCUAAAUCUGAAAAGAGAAGAUUCGCUGCUCAAAUGUUUGUGUGAGGGACGCUUGAUUUACUGGAAACUGUUCGUUUUCGUUCAAUUAUUCAUUGAAAAGAAGCCAGCAAAGAUUCUAGAUAUUUUUUCACUUUUAACUUACUAACCAAUUCAGUAAAACUGUCUCUGGAGAACUUUAUUUUCGACAGAAAAAUUAUAUUCUCUUCAAUCUUAUUCUUAGAAUAAUUUCAAACACAACUUCCAUAACUCUGAGUUUCUUCCAGUUUUUAAACCGCCAAACUUCUAAAAGAGGAAAGUGUAACAUUUCCUCACCACUGCCACAGUCCCAUUCAUGGCUGACGUCAGUCGUUUCCCAUGCCUGACGUCAUUUGUGCAAAGAUUACUGUAGGUAAGAACAAAUUAUUAUCGAAAUUUCUUCACACUGUUCAUGUGAUUUUAAAAAAACAGAAUUCAGAAAUGCAAGUAUUAAGAAUUCGAAAAUUUAGAGGCGAUUGAGUUUAUUUUCUACUUCUUCUUGAGUUCAUAUGUUACCCUGAUCGGAUGACUCUAUUCGAAAUGUUUGACGGGAUAUUAAAAUAUAUUCGAAAAAAAGCCGGGCACGACCCAAAAAGACUAUUGGAAAGAUUAUAGAGAGUACGCCGAAAAAACAUUUUCCGAAUAAAAAAAGGUCUUCCUUUAAUGCUUCGUUGUUUAUUCAAAUGCAUUAGAAGUGGAUUUGUGCGGCCGUAAAACGGUACGGUAGGUCCUUGACUACGGCAAAUUUGCUCUGAUGAAAGGAGUGCGAAUUCUAACGGCUUCCGAUGUCAUGGGAACCUGUUUGAAGUUUUUAUGGGGUUUCAAAGUUUGCAAUACGGAAGAUUACCUUUUUUGAAAACCUUUUUCUUGCAUUCAAAUGGAAGAAUAAGCUUUUGACGAAAAACCGAAUAAAAUAUAAAACGAAGAGCUUCUAUACUUAACAUCUUACUAUCGCAUGCAAAAAUAACUAGUGAUUUAAACAUGGCUAUAAGCAAAUUAACCUCUCCAAGGGUUUUUUUUUACGGUUUUCCAAAAUAAACUUCGAAAAAUAAACGCGUCAACUAGCGAGACUGUCUUAGUUAAAUGGGAGAUACUGACUUUCCAAGCCUCUGGCCAAAAAAUAUAAACCCAAAAAAGCCGAGGAAAAUGUUUCGAAAACCCUCUAUUCUCUGAAUUUCUUUUUCCAUAUGUUUGGACUCAUACGGCUUUCACAGCGAGUAGACUUCCCUUCACGUAUAGAAGAUUAUUUUUCAUUGCAUGAAAAGCGAUUUUCUGAGAUGUUACUCUGAAUAUUUUGUAGCCUCUCAUUGGCUUUUUCAAGAUGAAUUGCAGUUUUUGCGGAAAAGUUUCUUGAGUGUUAAAAGGUUUAGUAUUUGUUAGUGCACGAAAACCUCUGUGUGAUUCAUUCUUGGGCUCCUUUAAACACCUCAGCAAGCGAGCCUUCAUGAGGUAAGCACAACGGUUGUUCCGUUGGACAGCUCUCCACACUUUGGCAUGACCGACGGCGUGACUCGCCAUCUGCGCGGCACCGGGGACACAAAGCGCUGUAUUUCAUGUUUUGGCGUGGGUCCAAGUUGCAGAAAAGUGCAAGAGGCAGUGGUGCCAGGGUGGACGACCCAACUUCCUAUCAGAUGGAGGCACACGCGAAACAAGAAAGAACAAGGAGAGGCGUCGUUGGCCACGCCUCCGCCUCAACCGUCGUCGUCUCGUCGCCAUCGAUUUUGAUUUUUCUUCUUCUCGUUGCCCCCUCCUUCGGUAAGGUCGCGCCCACCGGCCACUUUUCCGUCGCACACACCAACUUGCGAACCGCCCGAUUCUUCUGCUGA